AUGUCAGCGGUCCUUUACUGCCCUCUAUCGUGCCUAGCCGGCUGGCUAAGGAACAAGCGGAACAUCAGCUACACACCGGAGUUUGGAGGGAAUAUAAAGCCCACCUUAUCCACCAAAUGGGGAGAUACCACAUACAAAGCCCAGCUUGGGGCCAAAAGGCCGGUGUUGAAGGCUGAUGUUUCUGAGAUUUCAAAGAGGCCUAGACUGGAGGACAGUGACAGCGACCAGGACCCAUUUGGGUUUGACAGUGACGAUGAGUCAAAAACGGUCACUUCUCACAUUAGCUUGGAUGCUAAUGUCGGUGCUGUGGAGGCUCUAAAUCCACAAACACAGCAGAGCACUGUCAUUCCAUCUGUGAUGACCUCCUCUUCAUUGGUUUCUUCUUCAAUCACAAACCAGACAAACCCUCAAGAGAAAGUGAUUAAGGACUCUAUAGAGCGUAGUGUAGAGGAACUGCUUGCCCCUGCUCCCUCUGCUGAUCAUGGAGUAUCAGGGCACAUGAAGAAAAAGACUGAUGCUCCUCUACCUAAACAUUCUCGGUACAGGCUAACCCCAACAAAGCCCAAGAAAACUAAGGCUGAGAGCAAACUCGAGUUCUUUGGUUUUGAAGACAAGGAGGAUCAGGGUGCUGCAGAGAGCUCUGAAAGUUCCAUGGGAGGGAAAAGCAAUUAUAAGAUCAAGUACUUUGGCUUUGACGACCUCAGUGAGAGUGACAGUGAUGAUGACUGCACCAUUGCCAAAGAGAAGAAACACAAGAAGGCACUGGCAGCUUUGAGCUGUGGUGUGGACAGCCCCCAAACCAGCGACUCUCAGGACAGCCAGGCCAGCAGCAACACAGAUGGAUUUGAUUUUUCGGAUGACUCUAAUCCCAGUGGCCCUGAUGGACAAAAGACCCGAUUGGGGAAGGCAAGUGACAAGACAAAAGACUUGGGAAGUACUAAAAAGAUUUUUAGUGGACCAAAAAAGUCACCCGCAAAAGCAGUGUAUAACGCUCGUCACUGGAAUCAGCCUGAGCCUGAAGAGUUGCCAGCACCUCCACUGUCACGAUCUCAAACCGCUCCGGCUAUUUUAUCAAGCAGCAGCAAAGACAGCAAUUCUCAUAAAGAUGACGGCGUGUUCAAAGCUCCUCCACCACCGCCUAAAGUCAUUAAGUCUGAGACCAUGCCCACACGUCCCAACCAGGAUAUUGUCACUGCGCUUAAAUGCAGGAAGGAGCACAAGGAGCUGUACACAGUGGUGCAGCAUGUGAAGCACUUCAAUGAUGUCGUGGAGUUUGGAGAGAAUCAAGAGUUCACAGAUGACUUUGAGUACCUGGAGACGGGCCUGAAAAGUUCUCAGCCACUCAACACAAGAUGCCUUAGUAUUAUUAGUCUGGCCGCACGAUGUGCCAUGCCCAGUUUCAGGAUGCACCUGAGAGCCAGAGGAAAAGUGGCACAUGUCUUCAAAAUUCUCAGUGACGCUCCACAGCACCCAAAUCUGGCACUCUGCACCGCCGCCCUCAUGUACAUUCUGAGCAGAGAUCGUCUGAACAUGGACUUGGACCGUGCGUGUUUGGAGCUCAUGAUCAAGCUGCUGGAGCAGGAGCAAGACUACUCUGCUCUGCAGGACCAACUGACGGCCAAAGAAGAAGACAAGGUCAAGGAGAAGAUCCGAAAGCUCUGUGAGACUGUCCACAACAAACAUCUGGACUUGGAGAACAUCACGUCUGGUCACCUUGCCAUGGAGACCCUGCUCUCUCUGACUUCUAAAAGAGCUGGCGACUGGUUCAAGGAGGAGCUCCGGCUGCUUGGAGGCCUGGACCACAUUGUUGACAAAGUCAAAGAAUGCGUGCAGCACCUCAGCCACGAAGAGGACAAGGAGAAUCUGGUGGCGUCGCUGUGGGGGGCGGAGAGGUGCCUGAGAGUACUCGAGAGUGUCACGGUGCAGAACCCAGAGAAUCAGGGAUACUUGAUUGCUUACAAAGACUCUCAACUCAUCACCUCUGCUGCCCGAGCACUGCGUCACUGUGAGGACAUGAUCCAGCGAUACAGCAGAGCUCUGAACAACAGCUCUGUGUCCACCACUGAAGCCGCUCUGCCCCACUGCAGCUUCAGUAACGUGGGCAAGGCUGUGGAGGACUGUAUGAGGGCUGUGAUCGGUGUGCUGCUCAAUCUCACACAUGACAAUGAGUGGGGAAGCACAAAGACAGGUGAGCAGGAGCUGUUGAUAGUUACCGCUCUGAACUGUGUGCUGCGAGUCCCUCGCUUCAUCCCUCCAGAGCAGCGCUUUGACAUCAGAGUCCUGGGUUUGGGGCUUCUCAUUAAUCUGGUGGAGUACAGCUCCAGAAACAGACACAGCCUGGUGGACAUGGAGUACAUUGUGGAAGACUCGUGUCUGGAGGACAGCCUGAUACAGGCUGAAGAAUCAGAAGCUGCUCUGGCUUCAGUGGAGGUUGAGCACAAGCCCUCGGCCACUGGCGCUUUGGCUGCUCUGGUCAAGCUCUUUCUUGAAAGGGAGCGUGCAGCUAUAUUGGCAGAAGCUAAAACUGAUGACAUCAUCACAGAGGCACCAAAGCCGGCGCAGGACCAGAGCGGACAGUGGCAGGAGACGUCAGGGGAGAUCCAGUGGGUCGAGGCAGAGAAAACUGGUGACCAAACCACAUCUACGGAGAGCGACAAGAAGGAGGAGGAGGAUGAAGAGUUGGACCUCAAUAAAGCUCUGCAGCAUGCGGGCAAACAUAUGGAGGACAGCAUCGUUGCCUCGUAUACAGCUCUGCUUCUGGGCUGCUUGUGCCAAGGCAGCCAGGUCAAUGUGACUACUGUGAGAGAGAAUCUACCUAAAGGUGAUUUCUCAAUCAUGACAGAAAUGUUGAAGAAGUUCCUGAACUUCAUGAACCUCACUUGUGCGGUGGGCACCACAGGACAGAAGUCCAUCUCUCGAGUCAUCGACUACCUGGAGCACUGUUAA